AUGGCAAGAAGCACAAGACAUUUACAGUUACCGGCGACCGGAACAACAACAACGUUAACUCUAAACCUAAACAACUCAUCACAAUCAUCAUCAUCAUCACAGCAGCAACAACCAACAGAAAUCCUAACACUGAAACUCAAGCCUAAGAAGAAGAGUGUUUCAUGGAAACCAGGUACAGUGGACAACGAAUUCCUCAUCAAGAAGAGCUCUAAGAUUUGCUGUAUAUACCAUAAGGAUAAGCCUUUUGAUGAGGAUGGCAGCGAUGAUGAUCAAUCAAAGAAGAAUCACCAUUGUUGUAAAUCGGAUGAUCGCGGUGAGGCCAGUACCAGCAAUUGUUAA